GAUUAUUUCUACUUUUGACAGAUGAAAUACGCCACGCAGGGGAUUUGCUGCACAGAAAUGUUUACGUAGACAGCGAUAUCUCUAUCAAUACAGUCCAGAAUUCCGUAUUUAGUAAGUAAUUAAUCUGUAGGAACCGAUUCUAUCCCUGAAACGCUUAGUAGAAACAGUUCUCCCUGUGUGGAGGUCUGAGAAUGAAGUCAGUUUGCUCAAUGCUUGGUCGUCUGUUGGAACCUUUCACCUUUAUUUAAUCAGACCUCCGAUUUUACCAACCCACACCAUUUCCAGUAUUGUUCCAAUUCUGCAGAUUUCAAAAUCUUCCAAAUCCACGAUUAUUUGGAGCAAUUGCAAAACUCCAGCUUUAGUCAUGGGGAUUAAUGCUGCUGGUCGCCUGUUUAAAAUGACAUGGCAGCUUGAGUUAUCUUGACUGUCUCCAUGUAUAAAAAACCUGUGAAUUAAAAGCCAUGCUGUUCUUCUGGGGGCUGCUGUUUCUCACCUUGUUUCCGGUUGCAAUGGAGAAGGGCAGUGCCAGUCAUAGCAAAAAACACCACCAGCAGCCCAAAUCUGAGGACAUCAAACAGAAAAGUAGACCAGAAAGUAAAAGAUCUGAUUCAACUAAAACACACCUGACAAAAUCUGAACAACUUCUUAGAAUAGAGGACCAUGAUUUUGCGAUGAGACCUGGAUUUGGAGGAGCAGCAGUAUCUGUUGGUAUAGAUGUCCAGAUCGAAAGCAUUGACAGCAUUUCUGAAGUUGAUAUGGACUUUACAAUGACUUUGUAUCUAAGACACUACUGGAAAGAUAGCAGACUCGCUUUUCCAAGUUCCAACAACAGAAGUAUGACAUUUGAUGGAAGAUUAGUCAAGAAAAUUUGGGUUCCGGAUGUGUUUUUUGUUCACUCCAAAAGAUCUUUCAUACAUGACACAACUAUGGAGAACAUCAUGCUAAGGGUAUAUCCAGAUGGCAACAUCCUGUACAGUUUAAGAACUACAGUCACUGCCAUGUGUUCAAUGGAUUUUAGCAGCUUUCCCCUUGAUACUCAGAACUGCUCACUGGAGCUUGAAAGUUAUGCUUACAAUGAAAAAGAUCUAAUGCUCCAUUGGAAGAAUGAAAAGGAACCACUGAAGACAGAUGAACAGAUUUUACUUGCUCAGUUUUUCAUACAAGAAUUUCGUGCAUCAAGUGGACUUGCAUUUUAUAGCAGCACUGGUUGGUACAACAGAUUGUUCAUUAAUUUCAUCCUGAGGAGACACAUUUUCUUUUUUCUUUUACAAACCUACUUUCCAACCAUGUUAAUGGUCAUGUUAUCUUGGGUUUCCUUCUGGAUUGACAGAAGAGCAGUCCCGGCUCGGGUUUCACUGGGAAUAACGAUUGUUUUAACUAUGUCAACAAUUAUAACUGGAGUGAAUGCAUCAAUGCCUCGAGUCUCUUACGUUAAAGCUGUGGAUAUCUACCUCUGGGUCAGCUUUCUCUUUGUCUUCCUUUCUAUAAUUGAAUAUGCAGCUGUAAACUAUCUAACCACUAUUGAAGAAAGGAAAAGAAUGAAACAGAGAGAGAAGUUUUCAGAUUCCUUUAGGUUGAAUCAGACGCAAACUAUGGCUUUUGACGGCUGCUACCAUGAUAGUCAGCUGGAUCUGUCAGACUAUGCUGAAGCCCGUUUAAGUGUAGCAAACACUGAAGCCAGAGAACGUGUAUCCUGUUCAAAUCCGGAUGGUCAACAGUUGAGGAGAAAGAAAUCUAUUAAGGGGAAUGUCACUGCAGUUAUGAUAAAAAAUAAUCAUGUUAUUGAUACUUACUCGAGGGUUUUAUUUCCUACAGCAUUUAUUCUUUUUAAUUUUAUUUAUUGGUGCUUAUUUUCAUAAAUGUUGGUCAUUCCCAACCUUUCUAAUAUUCUUUAAUUUAGGGAAGAUGGUGGUUUAGUGGUAAUAUCACUGGACUAGGAAUCCCGAUAAGCCUAGGCUAACACCCAGGACCGUGGGUUCAAAUCCCACCACGGUAGUUGGGUGGAAUUUCAAUUCAAUCAAUAAAAAACAUACUGGAUGUUAAGCUAGUCUCAGUAAUGUUGUCUAUGACAGCUAUCAUUAAAAACCUGUCUGGUUCUGUAACA